AUGAAUCGAGCUAAAGAGAGACAUAAACAAUUAUUAACAACUAAAUUACAGAGUUUUUUUGAAGGGAGACUUUUCAACACAGAGAACCUGAUUGUUGUAGCUAAUCCAAAACGAAAACCUUAAUCAACCCUUAUUGAAAGAAAAUUCUAUUAACCUUAUUUGCCUUUCGGUUAGAAAACUUAACUUAAAAUUUCAAAUCCAAAUAUCAAGUCAUUGACCACAUUACUUCCACGCUUUAAUGAAGGCGUUAUAUCUACAACACUAGGAUUCUCUAUUAUUCCUACGGCUAAAUGUGGUAUCCCUACUAUUCUACCCCCAGUAGAAUAGAAAUAUACUUUACCUUUUAAACUUUGUAAAACUUAUUAAAAAAUAGCAAUCGUAAAUCUACCUAAAGAAUAAAAAGUGAAAAUAAAUUACUGA